AUGCAUAAAAAUUUAAAUAAUUACAAAAUCGAACCAUCAAAAAAAACAUGCAAAUCAGGACAAAUUAACUGUAAUGAAUUUGUAGAAUACAUCUCAAAAUAUCUAAAAAAGGUUGAUAAAGACACUUUUUCUGUUCUUACUCCCUCCAAAUAUUUACAACCUGAUGUAUAUCACCCUGAUCUUUUAUAUCAUUUAAUUUUAGGAUGUAAUGACAGACAUGUACCUGAAUCUUUAAAAAACACUUCAAGUAAAAUGUUAUGUAAACAAAUAGAAAUUAAUAAUAAAAGAAAGAAACAAAUACUAAAUAUUAUUAAGAAGAAACUUAAACACAUUUUGGCAUUUGAAAUGAUAAGAGAAAUAGAUUCUGAGAUUGAGAGUAUAAUGAUGCGAAGAAAAAAAGCACUAAAAAAAAAGAAAAAAGAUGAAGAAGCAGUACUUUUAAGUGCACUUUUAGAAAGGCGUAAAUUGAUAGAAAAUGAUUUUAAUAUUGAUGAUGUUAGUGAUGAAUAUGAAGAGGGGGAAGAUAUUGAUGUGCCUGGGUUAAUAUUUGAAUAG